CGCUUUUGUUGUUCCAAUCCAAUCGUCAACCUCAACCUCCUCCAGCUCGGGUGUUCUGCGAGACCGAUUUCUUCUCUGGUAUAGAAACUGCCAUCGACCAUAGAUCUGUUUACGUACCGGUCUUAUUUUGCAGUCGUGAAACAUACGAAAUGGCAUCUUGGGGCCUCCUCGACGACAAGGACGAAAACGAGCUGCAUAAGUCGCGACUUUUGAACGUCGAAGAAAAACCGUUCAAGCGCGUCACCAAGCGCCUGAACACCCUCCACGGCCUCACCCUUUCCCGAGCUCGUCAGGCACCGACACCGCCCCCCGAAACAAACGGCACCCCUCAUCAGCAACAGUCCGCCAACACCCCACAACAACGCGACGAUGGCACUCCCGCCCCGACCCCUUCCGGCGACGCCUCGCUCGACUUCGCGCAGCUCAAGGAAGACAUAACCCUAGACUUCGCCGCCUUUGACAGCAGCAUCGCCCGCCUCCAGUUCCUUCUGACAGCCAACGAGCGCGAGCGCGAGCGGUACGCGGCCGAGCGGCAGCGGAUUUCGGCCGCGUCGCAGUCGGUGCGCGACAAGACGACGCAGCUGCGGGCGCACCUCGAGCAAGCGCGCGCGAGGCUCGCGCAGCGCCGGCAGUUUGACGCGCUCGCCGACGCCAUCACGAGCAACGCGUCGCUGCGCCCGCGCGCCGAGCAGGCUGCGGGCCUGCAGAAGCUGCGUGAGGAGAUCUCCGAGCUUGAGGCGGAGCGGGAGGCAUACGGAGUGACGUGGAAUGAGCGGCGGGAGCAGUUCUCGAGGAUCAUGGAGGAGAGUAUGAGGUUGAGAAGACUCAUUCGCGACGAGAAGGAGGAGGUUGAGCGGAGGGAGGGCAUGGAUGAUGAUGCUGAGGCUGGCGGCACGCCGAGGGCGUCUGGGGUGGGGAGUAGGGAAGGGACGCCUGGGUUGGAGGGCCGGUUGGCCCCCAAGAGUGGUGCUGAGAGCGGGGAUGCUUCGGGCACGCCCAGGCCGCUUUCUGCAGGCGGGAGGACGCCGGCGAGGGGAAGCCCCGGUCCGCAACAGGGAAGCGGGUCGUUCACUGCCAAGUCUGCGACUGUUGUGGGCGAGAGCUUCUCGCAGGUUAGCAGCCACAUGGGGAGCCGUGAAGGCUCGGUAGAGAGGGACACGGAAGCAGUGCGGGCCGAGACGGAGGAGGGACAGGACGUCGAGAUGGGCGAGACCAAGUACGACGACUCAGAGCCUGACAGCCCGCUGACGCCGCCUCCGGCCGACGACACCCCGCAGAUCGUGGUCGAUGGGGAGCCGGAGAGCAUGGACACGACCUAGAUGACAAAUCCAAUUCAAGAGGGCCAUUAAGUGUAACAGAUGGGAGCGAGAUGUAGCAUACCUAAUUAACAUUGAGUCGCCUGCUUGCUUG